GUCAUCCGUGACAGGAUUCGAACCUGCAACCCUCUGAUCCGUAGUCAGAUGCUCUUCCAUUGAGCCACACGGACUUCAUUGAAAGCGAUUUCGUGCUUAGGGGCUGUCAGGUGCGACCGCUUUCUCGCGGGAGGGGGCCGGCUCGCGUCCCCCCGCCACCGAAAAGCUGCGCCGGGAUUCUUUUGGCUGAGGAAUUUGGCUGAUGGCGACAUUCUUUGGUCUCAGUAAACUUCGUGUUCAGACACGGGUGAGGGAAACUAGCGCUUGCAGGAUGCGGCACGCUGGAAGAACACCCAUUCCCUGCGGAGCGGAAGCGGUGCCGCAGCUCGUUGCCAACGUUGAUGUCAGAAAACCAACGCACUCUCCCCUUUUUUUUAAAAGUUGGUCGAAAAUAGCAGUUGUUUAAAUGCGCAUUUGCAACACUCAUGCCGACGCCUACUCUUUUUAGAGACUCAAGAGUGCCCGUUGCGGCACAUUCUUUCGGAUACCAAGUGUCAUGAAGUCAAACAUCAUUUUCCCUAACUUUUCUUGCUUUCUUCUCUCCCGUUUUCUAUUUGCCGAUUUAAAUCUGCCUUAAAAAAAAUUAUUAUUGAUAUACUUUUUUUUGUAUUUCUUCUGUGCAAGUACUAUUUUUCGUGUCUCUUAAAAUUGUGCUUGCUGCAAAGACUAAUGCAGGGCAACGCACCGGAGCGCUUUUUUAUUGGAGGGCUUUUCCGCAACGUGACGGAAGAACAUCUGCUUGCGCACUUUCAAGAUUACGGUCACGGUAUUUGCUUAAAUAUCUCGCGUGACAAUAACGGUAAAUCUUUAGGCUAUGGGUGGCUAUAUUUUAAUACGGUAGAAGCGGAACGCCUACUUAAAGGAACGCAUAUAAUUAACGGAGCCAAAAUCGCUGUUAGCCGUCCAGAGAAAAAGCCGCAUAACAAUGUCGUGGCCUCAGUGCCAAUACCACCACAACCACCAGUACCCCCAAAGUCACGGGUUUUCUCGCAAAACAAGAGUCCGCUUCUAAAACGCCCACGCGAAGAGCUUCAUCGUCGUUCACCAACUCACGAUUUUCGUGUACACAUUUCCGCAACGAGUCAGCCGCGAAUCAGUACCCACUAA